GUUUGCAUAUGGGCGGGACUGUUUGCUCGACUACGCAUGCGGCCGAGGCGGGGACCUCCACAAAUGGAGGGCGGCAAAGGCAAGGCGGGCGUGGCAGCGGCGGGAGGGGGCGGCAGUGGGGACAGUUGCACAGAGCAGCCGCGGCGCUCGGGCUGGGACAUGGAACGCGGGGACGGAGCAGGCGUCGCGCUGCGUGCUAGUGGCGGACAAGCCUGGCGCCGGCAGCCAAGAGAGGGGCGGCGGCGGCGCCCUGGGGCCCGCGGCGGCGGGGAGGCCAGGCUCCCUCGCCGCCGGCUGA